UCUCUCAGCAGCUGUGAGCCACCAAUUUCACACGUUUAACACAUUUUUUGGAUAUAACGUUUGUGUUUUACCGGCGGGAAAAUAUCCCGACUACAUGGACUCAACAGUUAGCUCACUUCUGUUGAAAUUACACAACGUUAUCGGAGACAAUAAGUUACAUUGGUAAAGUAGGCGGUUGCCGAGACGCGUUCAGGGUCUUCUUUCCCUCCUGGUAAUUAUUUCCCACCCAGAGGUUAUUUGUAGUAUCUUUAAAGAUGUCGCUACACGGUAAGCGUAAAGAAAUCUACAAAUACGAAGCGCCGUGGACAGUUUAUGCCAUGAACUGGGCUGUCCGGCCGGACAAACGCUUCCGCCUGGCGCUCGGUAGCUUUGUGGAGGAGUACAAUAACAAGGUUCAGAUAGUUGGUCUGGAGGAGGAGAGCUCCGAGUUUUUGUGCCGAAACACUUUCGACCAUCCCUAUCCCACCACCAAGAUCAUGUGGAUUCCCGACACCAAAGGAGUGUACCCUGACCUGCUGGCCACCAGCGGAGACUACCUGAGAAUUUGGAGGGUCAGUGAUACAGAGACCCGUCUGGAGUGCCUGCUCAACAAUAACAAGAACUCGGACUUCUGUGCGCCACUCACAUCCUUCGACUGGAACGAGGUGGAUCCAAACUUGUUAGGUACUUCCAGUAUUGACACCACCUGUACGAUCUGGGGGCUGGAGACUGGACAGGUGCUGGGAAGGGUCAACUUAGUGUCAGGUCACGUCAAGACGCAGCUAAUUGCCCAUGACAAAGAGGUGUAUGACAUCUCUUUCAGCCGAGCGGGCGGCGGCAGGGAUAUGUUUGCCUCGGUGGGAGCUGACGGCUCGGUCCGCAUGUUUGACCUCCGGCACCUCGAACACAGCACUAUCAUCUAUGAAGACCCCCAGCACCACCCACUGCUCCGACUCUGCUGGAACAAACAGGACCCCAACUACCUGGCCACCAUGGCGAUGGACAGCAUGGAGGUGGUGAUCUUAGAUGUGCGUGUGCCCUGUACUCCAGUGGCCAGACUCAGCAACCACAGAGCCUGUGUCAAUGGUAUAGCCUGGGCGCCACAUUCCUCCUGUCACAUCUGCACAGCAGCGGAUGACCACCAGGCUCUAAUCUGGGACAUCCAGCAGAUGCCGCGGGCCAUCGAGGACCCUAUACUGGCCUACACAGCUGAGGGAGAGAUCAAUAAUGUACAGUGGGCCUCCACCCAGCCCGACUGGAUCUCUAUCUGCUACAACAACUGCCUGGAAAUCCUCCGAGUCUGAGCUGAUGACAUGGAGCAACGAGGCGUGAAACAACUCAAAAACGUUCUCAGUGAGAUUCCCAAGGUGACCGGAGUUUGUUGAUGGAAAUUCUUUGUUUACUGAGGACAAAUACUUGUUUUGGCUUCAUGUUGAUACAGAUGAUGUGUGUUAAGCUUUUAUCAGCUGAGUGGGAACUACAGUAUGUUACUGCUUAACUUUGUGAUACCUGUAUCAGAAAACUCGAACAAGCACCGAACCAGCCCUCGCGUAACUGAAAGACUGUUAAAUCUGUUGUCAUGUACAGAUACAAAUCAAUGUCCAGUACCCUUAAAGCUUUCAGCAUGUUGUUUAAUCGACAAAUAGACUAGUCAAUAACAUGUUUUUCUAUGCUACAGUGUGCAUUUUGUUUUGUAGUUUAAGCCAUCCAUCCAAUAUCCAAUAUUCACGUCAAUAUUCACUUUUUGAUGCUGCAGAAAUGCAGUUUAGCCAGAUUGAAUGUGGUUAAUGUGAAUUUAAGUG